AAACCCCCAGUUGAACGUAAAAUUGUCAUUCUCGGUGAUGGUGCAUGUGGUAAGACAUCUCUUUUGAACGUCUUCACCAGGGGUUAUUUUCCUCAGGUCUAUGAGCCAACUGUCUUUGAAAACUACGUUCAUGACAUCUUUGUCGAUGGGAAAUCCAUCAAGCUUUCCCUCUGGGAUACCGCUGGACAAGAAGAAUUCGAUAGACUAAGAUCCUUGAGUUAUUCCGACACGCAUACGAUAAUGCUAUGUUUCUCCAUAGAUUCUCGAGACUCUUUGGAGAAUGUUCAGAAUAAAUGGGUCGGGGAGAUUGCAGACCAUUGUGAAGGUGUUAAGCUGGUAUUGGUGGCGCUCAAGUGUGAUUUGAGAAAUGAUGAUGGAGACGACGACGACCACGAGAAUUCUAAUCCAUCUUCAAAGAAUCUAAUCACGUAUGACGAAGGUUUGGCCAUGGCCAAAAAAAUUGGUGCGCUGAGAUAUUUGGAGUGUUCUGCAAAGAAGAACAGAGGUGUUAAUGAGGCAUUCACAGAAGCAGCCAGAUGUGCACUAACUGCAAAGCCAAAGGGAGCAAAUGAAGGUGAAGAAUCCUCAUCUUCUACAGGGUGUAUAAUUAUGUAA